UUUUGUUGUCAUUAUAUAAUAUAUGUAUAUGUGCUUUCUAGUUUCUCAUAUAAUAUAAUUCAUCUUAGCUUCUAGCCAAAGUGAUAUAUGAAGAGUUUCUUCACCGUUUGAUAUAUGCCUUUUUGUGAACCAUCUAUUGAUGCUAAGGUGUUGACUAUCCCAUUCCUUAAAUUUCGACUGUGAAAUUUGCACAUGAUCUUAGUUGAGCUAGAAAGGCAGAAAUAUGGUACGUUAUACACUAAGAUAAUUUAAUAGUAUAAAUUUAAAUCAAGCACUAAGUCAUCAUGAUAGAUCAGAAUCCAAAUUUGAACUAUUGGAUUACCUUAAUGUAUGAUAAUGACUUGAAAUCUAUAUCUCCGAAAAACAAGUUUUCUAGUCAAAUAGAGUGUUAAAUUCUUCUAUAAACAAAAUUAUUCAAAGCUUUAAGUCUAUGCAAUAUAUGCAGAGUGAUUUAGAAACUGUGGUAAGCGGCAGGUAUCUGUAAUGCUAAAAAUACAAGCAUGUAGAGCUCAUAUAAGAAGUCUCAAAUUUAUGUGAAUUGUGAUGUUUAAGUUUUUAUCUUUUUCUUGCUUCUGAUCCUAAAAGGCUACCCUGUCAUCCAUAGCAUAUACCAUGAAUGUGCCUUUGUGUACAGUAUGAUUCUAUAUAAUAAAAUGUAUAUUUAAUUAAAAACUAAAUAAUACAAUAAUGACAUGUUUAUUUUGUUAUUGAAUGCAACUAUCGUUUGCAUGACACACGUGUCUGAGGGAUUGUUUUUCAAAAAUUCUUGUAAACUGUAAAUUAUGAUUUUUUUUUUCAUUAUUUAAUUGUAGAAGAUAGAUUAGGCCAAGAAUUGGCUUUGUUAACUGGGAAAAUUUCUUAGAACUAAAAGCCAUGUUACUCUCUUUUUAACUUCUGUAUACUGGGAAUAUUCUUGCAAGUGAAGCAUAUUACUAGACAGUUAUAUCAGAAAAUGUGAUAUAGCACUAUACCAAAAUUUUGAUGCAUUGGAAUUUCUACUUCAAUAUAUUGAACAAGUGGUAAAACUUACGUAUUGGACAAAUUCUCAGUUAUAAUUGGACCGAAAGUUUUAUCUCAACUUGUCAACUAUAACAGAUAAUUAUAUUAGAAGUGAAAUUGAAGUUUGAGAUAAUGAUACAUAAGACACUAUAUAUUUAGGUGGAUAAAUAUAGAAACAUAUUAACAAAAGAAUUUUCCCCUACCUCAUUCUGAUAAAUAGAAGACACAUUUCACUUGUUUUUCUUGAAAUUAAGAUCACAUGGAUUCAGCUAUUUCCCAAGUAGUAGUAGUUGAUAGUGAUGAUCAAUUUUCAAGGUCUUUUCAAAGUGUAGAGGCAACACAUUUGGUUCAUAAAAAGUCUGCAUGGUACAAAUUUCUUGCUUUGAUUGGUGCCCAUGAAAUUUUCUCAAUAGAGACAUGGAAAACAGCAUUGACUGAGUUAGUUGCAACUGCUUCUCUAAUGUUCACACUGACAUCAUCAAUCAUAGCAUGUUUGGAUUCACAUGAAGUUGCUCCAAAGCUUCUAGUCCCUCUUGCAGUGUUCAUCAUAGCCUUCUUGUUCCUAAUAGUCACAAUUCCACUCUCUGGAGGUCACAUGAGUCCUGUUUUCACAUUCAUAGCAGCACUAAAGGGUGUUGUUACUCUUGUACGUGCACUAAUUUAUGUCAUAGCACAAUGCAUUGGUUCAAUUAUUGGUUUCAUUAUGCUAAAAUGUGUCAUGGAUCCAAAAUUGGAACACAAAUAUUCAUUGGGAGGAUGUGCAAUUGGUAAUGAUAGUGAUAAAGGACUAGGAUCAAAGCCACAAGUUGCAUUGUUAGUAGAAUUUUCAUGCACCUUUUUGGUGCUAUUUAUUGGUAUUACCUUGGGAUUUGAUAAGAAAAGGUCAAAGGAAUUAGGAUUACCUAUGGUGUGUGUUGUGAUUGCUGGGGCAAUGGCAUUAGCAGUGUUUGUGUCUAUAACUGUUACUGGGCAACCGAGCUAUGCAGGUGUUGGACUUAACCCAGCAAGAUGUUUAGGCCCAGCUUUACUAAAAGGUGGAUUAUUGUGGAAUGGACAUUGGAUUUUUUGGGUUGGGCCUUUCUUGGCCUGUAUAACAUAUUAUGGAGUAUCUAUUAAUUUGCCAAAGGAGAGUAUCACUUUGGAAAAUGAAGAAUAUGAUGUGUUGAGUUUAGCUUUGGGCCAUAGUAAGAGUAUUUCUAGGAGUGCUGUCUCAAAUGAUCUUCAAGUUUGAAGAUGAAUAUGGACCUAAGUCCAAUAAUAAAUUGCAUAGAAAAAUUGUUGAGAA